AUUCUUCAACUUUAUGCAGGUUGCAUUGGUCUUAUUUGUCCUUGCUUCCUGUUCGGAAAGAAUGCAGAGUUUUUGGGUUCUGGGACUUUGAUCGGAUCAUGCAUGACACAUUUCAUUUUGUGCGGUCUUGUCAAUGCUCUCUGUUGCCUGUUGACUGAAGGCAUUUUCUUAGGGUUACCAGGAUGUGUUGUUGCAUGCUAUGCUUGUGGAUACCGCAGAGCACUUCGUUCAAAGUAUAAUCUGCAGGAAGCGCCAUGUGGGGACUUAACUACUCAUAUGUUCUGCCACAUGUGUGCCAUAUGCCAAGAGUAUAGGGAGAUCCGUGAGAGGUCAGGCAAUGCCAAUCCCUCUGAUCUUAAACUUCCUGUAGUUACAGCUCCACCUGUCCAGACAAUGGAAUCAGCUCCCGAGGAAUAAUGCUGUUUGAGGCACUGUAGUCCCCUUAAUAUUUCUUGGCAAGUGUUUUGGGGUUGUCCUUCUACAUCAUAUUCUUGCAAGCAUCUUGCUUUGAUAUUUUCUUUGUAUCCAAGGCCUUUUGGGUUUCACAGUGUCUGUAUUUGUUUUCCGAAUUUCAUUCUUUUGUGUCAGGACAUAAUUUGGUUUUAUAGAAUAUGUUUUCAAUGCAAAGAUCUGUUCUGUAACGAAACAUAGAAUUUUAGUAAUAUAAACGAGAUUUUGUUUUUUUGAA